AUGUGUGACGACUCGGGUGUCCCAGUGGCCCCUGAAAAGACAAUGGGUCCCAGUAGUGUUUUAUGUUUCGCCGGAAUAGAAUUAGACACUGACAAAAUGGAGGCUUGCCUCCCAGAAGAAAAGCUAAGAAAAUGUGUUACUCUUAUUUAUGAAUUUCUAAAGCGUACAAAAGUCCCCGUUAAGGAGAUACAAUCCCUUAUUGGUCUUCUGAACUUCACUUGUUCUGUCGUCAUACCCGGCAGGACUUUUCUUAGACGAAUGAUUAAUUUGACAGUUGGGUUCAAUCGCCCGACUCAUUUAAUUAGACUAACGCGUAUAGUCAAGGACUAUUUUAAGCUCUGGUUAGAAUUUUUAACACACUUCAAUGGCAAAUCAUUCUUCUUAGAUUUUCAAUGUCUUUCAUCACCUCACUUGCAUCUUUAUACUGAUGCUUCUGGCUCUCUAGGCUAUGGAGCCGUGUUUCGUCAGAAUUGGUUUUACGGUCCGUGGCCCCAAUCCUGGACGUCUAAGAAUAUUAUUGUGCUAGAAAUGUGUCCUAUUGUUCUCAGUAUAAAAAUAUGGGGUACUCAGCUGGCGAACAAAUGUAUAACCUUUCACACCGACAAUCAAGCCUUCUCGGAAGUCAAUAAUAGAAAGACGACCAAAGAUAGGGAGUUUUUGGUUCUUCUUCGCGCCUUGGUUCUAUCAUGUUUGCAAAAUAUCUUAUUUAAAGCUGUACAUCUCCCAGGCGUUCACAACACGAAAGCUGAUUCUUUAUCGCGUUUACAGGUGACCAAAUUCAAGUCCGUGUCCAAGGA